ACAGGAGAGGCUAAACACAAGCAAAGAAGGCUGCAUGACUACUGUAAUUCUCCCGGUGUAAAUAUGUUGACAUGACAAAUAUUUCCUGAAUUAAUCUUGAUUUUCUGGCGUCUGUUCUUUCGGUUUUUACUAGCAACUAUUUCCACAUUAAUGGUGAGUCAUGGCUGUUGAACAGUUUGUGUUUAAGACACUUGAGCUUCUACAGGAGGAGAGAGAGGCUGAAAUAGCAGAGACAAGAAUUUGGCAGGAAAAUAUAUCUCUUAAGGAUCUUCAAAAUAAAGGAGUAUGUUUGCUGAAACUGCAGAUAGGGAGUCAGUCCACAGGCUUGUAUGGCCGUACAGUUGUUGUUCUUGAGCCAAGAAAACAUCUUGGUUUCUCUGUUCUUCCAAGCAACAACUUUGGACCUGGGGACAUAGUUGGUUUGUAUGAUGUGGGUGGAUGCAGUGCAUCUUCUCAGAUCAGCACAGGGAUUGUGACGAGAGUCAGCCAGGCAUCAAUCAGUGUGGCUUUUGAUGACUCAAAGGAUGGCUUUAGUUUUGAUACAGAUGGUCUUUUUAACCUCUUAAAAUUAGCCAAUGAUGUCACCUACAAACGAAUGAAACAUGCCUUGAAUGCUUUAAAUGGAUACGGCAAUGGUCCAGCUGCCAAUCUGAUAAAUGUUCUGUUUGGAGAUAGCAAACCUUCUACACAGUCACAGCGCUAUGAAAUGGAAUUCUUUAACCCAAACCUGGAUGAAUCCCAGAGAGAUGCUGUGUCUUUUGCUUUGUCUCAGAGAGAACUAGCUGUGAUUCAUGGACCUCCAGGGACUGGGAAAACCACCACUGUGGUGGAGAUCAUCCUGCAGGCUGUCAAACAAGGCCAGAAGGUCCUGUGCUGUGCCCCCUCUAAUGUUGCUGUGGAUAACUUAGUGGAGAGGUUAGCACAGUGCAAGGCCAAAGUCCUGAGGCUGGGUCACCCUGCCAGACUGCUGGAGUCGAUACAGAAACAUUCACUGGAUGCCAUCCUCGCUCAGAGUGACAAUGCAAACAUCAUUUCUGACAUUCGUAAAGACAUGGAUAAGGCUUUUAUGGGAGUAAAGAAGAUGCAUGAUAAAGGAGAGCGAGGCAACUUGAAAAGGGAAAUUGGGGAGCUAAGAAAAGAGCUGAAAACCAGAGAAGCAGCAGCCAUUACCCAGAUCCUUAAAAGUGCUGAUGUUGUGUUAUCAACCAACACAGGUGCUUGUGAUGACGGCCCUCUGAAGUUCCUCCCAGCAGAACAUUUUGAUUGGGUGGUGAUAGAUGAAUGCGCUCAGGCCCUGGAAAGCAGCUGCUGGAUUGCCCUCCUCAGAGCACGUAAAUGUAUUCUGGCUGGAGACUACAAGCAAUUGCCACCUACCAUCAAAUCACAAACUGCUGCAUCAAAAGGACUGUCUCUGAGUCUUAUGGAGAGGCUUAUUCAGAUGUAUGGGGACUCAGUGGUCCGUAUGCUUACUGUCCAGUACCGCAUGAACAGUGCCAUCAUGGAGUGGGCCUCCAAAGAGAUGUACCAGGGCAGGCUAACAGCUCACAGCUCCGUCGAGAGACAUUUACUGAAAGAUAUACCAGGAGUCGCCUGUGUAGAAGAGACCAGCACUCCGCUGCUACUAAUUGACACUGCAGGCUGUGGUCUGACUGAAAUGGAGGUUACAGAUGAACAGUCCAAAGGCAAUCAAGGUGAAGUAGACAUUGUUGAAAUCCACAUAAAGGCUUUGACUGAAGCUGGAGUUAAAGCCAAAGAUAUAGCUGUUAUCGCGCCAUACAAUUUACAAGUUGAUCUGCUGCGUCAGAAACUUUCUGCAAGGCAUCCAGAGCUGGAGAUUAAGUCUGUAGAUGGAUUUCAGGGCAGAGAAAAAGAAGCUGUGGUGUUGUCAUUAGUUCGGUCCAACAGAAAAGGUGAAGUUGGAUUUUUGGCAGAGGACAGAAGGAUAAAUGUGGCUGUUACUCGUGCUAGACGCCACAUUGCUGUCGUGUGUGAUACUCAAACUGUUCAGAAUCACGUUUUCUUAAAGUCCCUCAUCGGUCAUAUGACAGAGUUUGGUGAGGUCAGAACAGCAUUUGAGUACAUCCAAGACAUCGUGCCACAGAAUUACACCCGUGAGCUCAAAGACACAAAGGUUAAUACGUCUAGCAGCUCUAAGUCGACCAAACAGAAGCCCAAGGACCAGCCCCCAAACAAGACCAAACAAGUGCAGAAGAAAUCUACUGAUGUGAGUAGUAAGGAAGGAACAGCUGGGACACAUAAGCUUACAAAACCUGGAACAGCUCUAACAGAGAAUGAAGAGAACAAGAACAGAUAUAUAGAGAUCAGAGAACAGGUUGAGAGCUUUCUGAAGAACUUAAAUCAGAGUGAACUACAGUUUCCCCCUACGUUUAACUCUCACGAUCGUCUGCUGGUGCACCAGAUUGCUGAAGAGUUGGGCCUUGUGCAUGAGAGCAAAGGUGAGGGCAAAGACAGAUGCAUCACUGUCUCCAGACCCCCGAGUUCAAGAGCAGCUGAGGAGCCAGCACGAGAGGAAAACAAAGAGGAAGAAUCAGACCAUAAAGGGAAAACUAUGCCAAGUCCACUAAGAGAGCCAGCGGGUCAGUCUGCUGUAGAUUUAAAAAGUUUACAUUUGGAGCGAAUGAAGAGGGAGCAACAGAAAAGGGAAGAAAAUGCCCAACCAAAAAAACAACAGAACAGCAUCCCAUCAGGAGAGGCACAGUCUUCAAAGAAGUCCAAGUCUUCUAAAGGAAAGAACCGAACCAAGGCAGGGGCAUGCGACAUCGCUGCUGCAGCUUCUCCAGAUGGCGACUUCGACACACUCAUCAGUGCUGUCAUGAAGGCCGACAGUGUGUGCAGUUUUGUCAAGUGCAAGGCUUCUGUUCUAACGUUGGGCCAGCUUUGCCUGUUUUGCAAUAGGCAAUAUUGUCUCAGUCAUCACAUACCAGAGGUUCACGGCUGUGGAGAUAAAGCCAAAUCUCAUGCUCGGAUGAGAAUAAGUAAAGAGGGUGUCCUUUAUGCUGGGAGCGGGAAGAAGGACAAGUCCAUGGACCCUAAUAAGAAAGCCUAUCUGCAGAGGAGGCUGGACUCUAAACUUAAAGACAUGGCAUCACAGAGGAAAUCCAAAAGCAAAGAGAAGGACAGUCAAUAAUACCAAAUUACUUUUAAAGUUUAAUUCCCUCAAGUCGAAGAGAUUUACUGUCAUGUUUGAAAGAAAAAAACAUUUGAUCUUUUCGUGAACAUCAGAUUAUUAUCUUAAUACUUAAUUUAAUUUGUAAAGUAUGGAUUAAAUAAUGUUGUUUUUGAUCAGUAAAUUCAUACUUUGGUG